GGCGUCACUCCUCCUGGAGACUUGUUGCUAUAGCAGCUAGCUAGCUACCGUUAGCCGGUCAGUUGUAGCGGAGAUAACUCGUGCUCCGUCCUCACACCAAUGACAGGAACAACACAUGAGCACACAUGCGCCCGGACACUCACUGAUACCUGGCUGGCUAUCUUCCCUGACUUUAUCAACAACGCUCUGUGAAGCUGUUUGUGAUCUGAAGAGCGCUGUAACUAACUCUCGUGUCUUUACAUCCUCAGGCUAUGGAUCCUGAUCGACAGAAACGAAGAGAGGAGAUUCAGAAAGCCAUGAGCUUUAUCCAGUCAUCAUUGCCUUUCCCAGAACCAGAGAGUUAUGAGGCAUUUGUGACCCAGUUGGUAUGUAACUUGUUGGACGAGGGCAAUUUUUGCUUCCGAGAUGGGGACUGUCGUCAGGCGACCCAGCAGUAUGGGGAGGGGAUCAACGUUGCCCGCUACGCUCAGGCCGAGGCCCUCGUCAUCCCACACGAGCUGCUGGAGGGCCUAUACGUGAACAGGGCUGCUGCCUGCUACCAGACGAGGGAGUAUGAGCGGGGCAUUCAGGACUGUGAGAGCGCACUGUGUGUGUCAGAAGGCAGUCGCAGGGCUUUGUACCGCAAAGCGAUCUGUCUAAGGGAGUUGGGACGAAUCCGAGAGGCCUACGAGUGUGGAACCAAGUGUCUCCUCACAGCACCACACGACAGGCAGGUCAGUGAGCUGGCUCAGGAUCUGGCCAACAAACUGGGCCUUAAGGGCCGCAAGGCUUACGUCAGCCCACAGACGGAGUCCACGGCCACAGAAGGAGAGAGUGUUGGGGAGACUUCCCCACCCACAGGAGAGAUGUCUUCCAAUGGGCUGGAAUCUCUGGGUGACAUUGGACCAUCGGACCUGUCUAAUGCGCAGUGCAUCCCUGCUCCUUUGGCCACACCCAUCCCAGUCAGCGACGACCCAGCGUCCCCCCUGGUAACCCCAUGCACCGACCUGUCGGAGAGCCCCAGCAGCCAGGGCCUGCCUCCCAUGCCGUACUCCGUCCCCGUGUCGGAGCACAUGGAUGAAUGCAGCAGCAGCGUCAUCAAGGACGAGCUGGACAGUCUGCUGGACUGCAUCCCCAGUAAAGUCAGUGAGAGUCCAGUACAGGGUGCUAUCCCCACCAACCUCCCCAACACAGCGGUGGGUCUACGGCCGCCGUACUCCCCGAACCUCCCAGCCCCGUCGCCCCAGCUUCCCCCAGCCUUCUUCAGCUCAUCCAUCAGUGACAUGCCCCCUCUGGAGACCUACUCGCCGCUGGCCCAGCGGGACCAGGGCUCCACCCAGGCGCAGGACGCUCUGGGAGGCUUCCCCACGGGGGCCACGGAUGAAGAAGGGAAGGCAGGAGUCUCUGGCGGACUGGACUCGUUGUCUGAGUACACUCUCCCUGGGGGACGAGUGUGUCACAGCUUCAUCCCUGGAAUGCGCAACCACAGUUCUGCACAUGCAAACGGUCCAGCAGGAACGAACCUGUCUCUGCUCUCCAGGAAUCCUCUGGCAGCCACACAUGAGUUUCGUCAGGCCUGUCAUGCCUGUUACAGCCGCAUAGGUCCACGAGUGAUGGACUACAAGUAUCAGCCGGAGGCAGCACACCGCUGCAAGAGGGACGUGCUGCUGUGCCGCCUCAGAAACACAGACGACCCCACUUGGAAGAGGAUCCGGCCAAGGCCUGCACGCAACAACUUCCUGGGGGCAUUUGUACUCUGUAAAGAGGUGCAGGAGCGUCAGGAGUGCCAGUACGGGGAGAACUGUACGUUUGCUUACUGCCAGGAGGAGAUUGACGUGUGGACCCAGGAGAGGAAGGGCGCGCUGAGCCGAGAGCUGCUGUUCGAUCCGCUGGGCAGCACAGAGAGACGGGCGCUCAGCGUCACCAGACUGCUGCAGCUCCACAUGGGCAUGUUCAUGUUCCUCUGUGAGGAAUGUUUUGACAGUAAGCCUCGCAUCAUCAGCAAGCGCAGCAAAGAAAACUUAGCAGUGUGCUCAAACCUCACAGCUCGACACCCGUUCGACGACAACAAGUGCCUGGUGCACGUGGUGAGGUCAGCCAAUGUGCGCUACAGUAAGGUGCGUCCCCUGCACCCUCUCUGCCAAUUCGACGUGUGUCGCCAUGAGGUUCGUUACGGCUGCCAGCGCGAGGACAGCUGCUCCUUCGCUCACUCCGUCAUAGAGCUCAAAUGCUGGGUCCUGCAGCAGGAUACUGGUAUCACCCAUGAAGAGAUGGUGCAGGAGUCCAAGAGACACUGGCAAAGGCUGGAGCAGAACGCACAGAAGCAGCAGAAGCCUAUCCACAUCCCCCAUUCGAGCAGCAGCCUACCUGCAGGAGGAGUAGGAGGAAUGGGGGGUGGGGGCGGAGGGGGAGAUGGCAUUGGUGGGGGUGGUGUGGGCCCGGUGGGUGGGUUGGGGGGGUUAGGAGCAGGGGUGGGCAGAGGGCGCCCCCUCAACCUGAAAAUGAAGUUUGUGUGCGGCCAGUGCUGGAGAGAAGGACAGGUCAACGAGCCCGACAAGAACCUCAAGUACUGCACCGCCAAAGCACGGCACAGCUGGACGAAGGAGCGUCGAGUCCUUCUGGUGAAAUCAUUUGAGAAGAAGAAGUGGGUUGUUGUUCGGCCUCUGCCCUUCUCCCGCACCUAUCCACAGCAAUAUGACAUGUGUGUGCAUGUGAUGAAGCAGAAGAAGUGCCACUACAUUGGGAACUGCUCAUUUGCUCACAGUCUGGAGGAGAGGGACGUCUGGACGUACAUGAAGAACAACAGCUUGAGAGACAUGCAACAGAUGUACGAACUGUGGCUGCAGCUCACCAAUCAGAGUAGACGCACGGAUACCUCCGUUGCGUCCCCGCCCUCAGAGGACAAGCAGGUCACCAUAACAGCAGAUUACACAGAAAACAUGGGAGGCCGGCGGUUGUCAGACGGGGACGAUCUCUGAGUGUCGCCGCGCCAACUCGAGGCAGCUGAUCGCCGCUGAGCUGCAGACAGAGACCGAGAGACAGGCCUGCAACACCAGCUACAACUAAACAGUCUGUCGUCUCGCCAGUCUGACCUCCUCUAACAUCUAGCCAGCAGUGUCAGAGCAGAUGGUCACACAGCAAAAUGGUCGACCCACACACACACACACACACACAUUCACACAUACAUAGAAACCCUUCCACACAUGAUACUUUAAUCACAGGCACCGCUUAACACAAAGAGAAGGCUUUGUAAGUGGAGAUGCAGGACUCAGCUUUAGCGUUGUGUUUUAAUAUCAUGCUGCAGUUACACACAGCACCUUUUAGGUUCUUCCCUUCAGCAGAUUAUACCGCAGAAAUUCCACAGACAACUAGUUUUGCUCUGACUAAUAUAAUCAACUAGUAUUCCUUAGUGCUCUUUGGACUGAGUAUCUGUGUCCACCAGGCGCCACUUUUGUUUUUCUUUGUUAAAAAUCCUCGCGGCACUGAAACGAUUCUCGGGUGGGCGCGCUGGUCGCAGCUCUUAAAAUUCAGCUUGGUGAUAAUUUCAAAUUGAAGCUCGUUAAUCGUACGCUUAUAAGAGUGCCAAGCCCACAGUGCUGUCGAUGGCAAUGGAGACUGAAGAAAACUAUGAAGAGUGGAAAUAAAAAGAGGUUCUUGGUGGACACUCUUCGUUAAGCAGCCGAUCAACCAAAUCCCACUCUCCUUCCUUCAUGGGAAUAUUGAGAGAGGGUCAAAAUAACGUUAUGGAGAUUACUGAUUUUGAGCGCAAUUUCUUUUUUCUUUUCUUUUUUUUCCAAGGGGAGUCGUACAUCCUUGUUAUAUUGUCUGCCAUAUUGGUAGAACGCUAUGAAUGUAAUGCCUGCAUGGGCCUUUAAAACUAGGAAAUUAGUCAUUUAAAACGUUGCUGUUGUUGUGGAAUGUAUGCAAGUAUAUAAAAAAAUACAAACUUGUGUAACAUGCCAGCUCCCCCCCCCGACCCCCCUCUCUCUCUAUAUAGAUAUAAGAAGGCCUUUUGAUAGCUGGUUGUGUAAUGAAACCAACCAUCCGUGCAUGAGACGAGCACAGACAGGCACACACACUCACAUAAUAACCUCGUAGCUGCUGGUGUCCGGGUGAAUCAAAGCGCGCUUGAACGUCAGCUCCUUUCAGGUCGACAGCUAAUCACUUACGGCUAAAGUACACAUGGCUCAAACGGCUCAAAGUUGCCAAAGCGACCAACGUGGACGUUCACCAUCAUGUACUUUAAACUGUUGCUAAGCAGCUGACAGAGAGGUGAAGCUGGUGUAGGAGGGGCUACAGAGAAGUGACUGCAGCACACGUACUGCUCUCAGCAUUAGAUCAGUUCAGACCACAGAUGCCCGUUAAGAAAUAAUGACCCCGUUUGGACCGAAGCGUUGUGAAAACAGUCAGACAGUAAGACUUCAGUUUAAGAUUAGUUAAAGUUUGUAUUAGUUAAAUAAAUAAAGAUACUUUAAAGAGUGAAAAGCUGAGGGGAAAAUGGCUAAUGAAAGGAUUAUUAAGAAUGUAUUUUUCUAUAGUUGAUUGUGAGAAUAUUGAAGAUAAUUUCAAAGUAAAGGCGUGUUGCUACUUCUUCAGUUGAACUGGGGUCAUUAUUUCAUUUAAAAAAAACAAAAAAACAAUCACGGCCUUCAAAUGGAAACCUGUGUUCCUCAUAUGCACCCAUUAUGUUAUGUUCCUGAUAGCUAUUAGUAGCUCCUAAUAUUAACCUUUUCAUUAUGGGAAAUCAUUCUCACCACAUAUUGUGCCUAUACACAUCACAUUAACACGAACACACACACACACACACACACACACACACGCAGAGGCAGGAUAUCUGUUGCCAUGUUAUUCUAGCCUUUUAAUGUGGACGGAGACACGACGGAGGUCUGUCUAUAUUCAGAUACACACAUAUUAUACAUAUUUACAAAUAAUGGUAUACUACUAAUAAUAAUUGAUAACUUAGCGGAUAAGCUUAAUAAAUAUAUAACCUGAGAACCUGUAUUGAUUACAUAGAAGAACUUCUUGUUAUUGAGGUAUUGCUAUAUAACAUGUAUCGCUGAACUAGAUGACUAUAGUGAUUUUUUUAUUUUGUAAUUUUUUCCUUCUGUGUGGGUUGUUCCAGACAGGGUUUAUAUGAGGGCGGUUGAAGCAGAUUGAUUUGAAUCGCCCAACUUGUGAGGGCUUUUUUUUUCUUUUGUUCACAAAUUCAGCAGCUAAAUCGGACGCACGGAACACGGCAGCAUUCACGUUCUGCAAUGUUUAGGUCAAAUAUCUGAGAAGCUGCAAUUUCUAUUUUCCAUUCAUCUAAUUUCUCCUGCCCAGUGACCUCGGCUCAGUGCGUAAAAUCAACUUCAAUUCCCAAAAUACUGACAUUAAUACACUCAACCAGGCAGAACGUUAUGGUCAAUCGGAGCAAAACGUAAAAAAAAAAAAUGUAAAGACGAGACAUUUUACCUGUAGAAAAGCUCAUUCAGUGGAUAAAUAGAAAAUAGAGAAAUGGUUGUGGCGCCAAAGGCUGCUGUGUUUUAAUCAUCCAGCUCUUAAAAACCGACUUUACGCCCAGUCAGAAUUAAGACGGACAGCCCAUCCUGGGCUAAACCAAAAAAAAGCAGAUGUCAGGUCAGCUUUUGGGGAUUGUUGACAACGAGCCCUCGUCUGGAACAGCCCAGGUAUUAGCUUCUCCGAGGGAUCGUAUUACUACUACUCCUAGUAUUAUGAUGAAUAUGAUGACGAUAAUGAUUGCUGUCUUAUUGACUUAUUUCUAUUUCUUCUCUAUAUGCUAUUGAUAUAUGUAUGUUAAUUGCAAUGUAUAACUCUCUUUAUAUAUGUAUCCAUGUAUGAAUAUAAUAAUUAACGGUAAAUAUGCGUAUGUGUAUGCGGCGGCGCACGGCUGUGUCUGGGAGGCGGUGAGCAGAAGCUUUCUGAUGUUAAAGAGUUUUUAAUCCUACAAGGUCAGUUAUCCGCUACCUAUAGGUUGUCAGUAGUAGAAGACAUUUCACACCGUACGGUAUACCUGCUAUAUAUUAAUGUUGUCUGAGCUCUGUUUGUAAGGAUUAUAUGGGCACUGGCCAAAGAAAAAAAAAAAAAAAAGCUAGUUGAUGAUUACAGUAUAUAUAUAUAUACACACGGUUAACUGUUUCUCCUUUGUCUCAGUGUUGAUCCUACCAACAGAGCUCGCUGCUCACUGCCCGCGCUGUGCGCUUUUGUUUAAAUUGAUUCACCAGGCAACGAAAGAUACGGAAACAAAAGCAUACAUAGUAGCCUAUAUACUCCCGUAUAGCGCCUUAUUCGAUAUACUACACCUAUAAGAUGAUACAUACCCCUAUUGUAUAAUCCUGCUUACUAUAUACAGUAUAUGAUACCUGAUACCUAUUAUAAUACUUAGAAAAACCCUUAUAAGGUAAUUUAGAUAAGAGAUGGUGGAGCUGUUUUUUUUUCUGUGGCUGUGGAAGAGUUUGCAGUGGAUCAGUAAGGUGUUAGGAUUGCCUAAGUUGUUAGGAGAGUACCGCACACUCAAAUGCUCUUUUAUCAUUCAUCAUUCAGGAUGUUUGCAAAGCAGCUGGGAUGGAAAGUCGGCCACGAGCCGAAGCUUGGUAAAUCUUUUAUUUUGUCUGGGGAAAAAGAAAGAUGUCGCUGGUAAAUAACCAAAACGGUGGAAUUUAAUUUUAACAGUUCCAUUUGGCUACAUUAAAUAGUGAAUAUGGCUGGUAUUGUUGUUGCAUUUAAAGAGCAUUUGAGGCGGAGCUCUUCUUCUAUUGUAGGAGAAAGGCACUGAUGAUGUAACUGAAUUGCACAGAAAGAAAACAAAACAACAACCAGUGGAACCUGUGCUGCAUGUUCUGUUUGUGUGUGUUUGUAAAGGCAGUCGAAUCGUGAUACAAACUUAAGGCUUUGUGCUGCUUUAUGUUUACACAUAACAGAUCUCACAUAGUCAAAUCGGAGCUAAUCUGUAAUAUUACUAAUUUCACAAGGGUGAAUUACCUCUAGCGGUUCUGUUUUGCAUCCUUUUCAACGUGAAUGGCAGUGAUUAAUGCUUAGUAAGUAUGGCUACACUUUCUAUUACUCAUACCUACAAUAUUUACAGUGGCUGCAGUACAAGAAACCUGUCAUUGCCUUUCAUUCCAUCUUUACAAUCCAGUGAUUAUUCCCCCCAUGUGUAGGCCUAAGCACGCAGACAUAGCGACGUUUUGGUAAUAAUCGUCCUGCCCCCCUGAUGCAGUUUGUGUCAUCUGAUUCCCAGCACCAACACACACACCCGCACAGCCACAAAAAAAAUAAUCUUAAUUUAUCGGUUUUCAAUCAGUUAGAAAUUAUCGGUUAUUUGAAUAGUUUUCAAACAACUCUGAUGAAGAAACCAGGGUUGUAAGAAGUGGAAAAAACAAGGCCUCUUUUUGUACUGUAUUUUUACAUUUUGUUGUUUUUAUGUUUUAUCUUCUUGACUUUGUUUUCUCUUUUCUCCUCCCUGGUUGGAAGUUCAUGAUAUCAUAAGUGGACCAAAUCUCUUGAAAGCAUUUAAUAAACGGACUGUUUUAGAAAAAAA